AGGGGGAGUGAGGAGAGAGGGAGGAGAGAGGGAGUGAGGAGGGGGCGCGAUGCCGCCGCGCUGUGGCCGCUGCUGAAGCCCAUGGCUCCCGCCCGGAGGAUUAAGACGCUGCUGACGGUGAACAUCGCGGUGUUUCUGGGGAUAGUGCUGUUCUCUGUGUAUUGCCGUCUCGCCGAGCGCUCAGAGGAGCUCAGCCAAAUAGUCCGCACCGCCGAGCAGGAGCUGAGAGCCGGGGGCCGGGAGCGGCCCCUGGGGGACAGAGAGGCCAUUCUACACCGACUGGACUCCCUGGAGGAGGUGGUCUACAGCCAACUCAAUGGUCUUGCUAAGCCAAUGGGGCUGGUGGAAGGACCAGGAGGAGUGGGUCAGGGAGGAAUGGCUGCCACUCUGAGGGACGACAGCCAUGAGUUUGACACAAAAUAUGAAGAUUAUGGCUAUAACGCUCAGCUCAGCGACAGGAUCUCUCUGGACAGAUCCAUACCAGACUACAGACCAAAAAAGUGCCAUCAGCUACAGUAUCUGAACAAUCUGCCCCAGAUUGCCGUGGUUUUCAUCUUUGUAAACGAAGCUCUGUCUGUGAUCCUUCGAUCUGUACACAGUGUGGUGAAUCACACCCCUUCACAUCUGCUCAAGGAAAUCAUUCUGGUUGAUGACAACAGUGACAGCGUGGAGCUGAAAUUCAAUUUGGACCAAUAUGUCAACCAGAGGUACCCAGGCCUUGUGAAGAUCGUCCACAACAACAAGAGGGAAGGGUUGAUCCGAGCCAGGCUGCAGGGCUGGAAAGCUGCCACUGCACCAGUGGUCGGCUUCUUUGAUGCUCAUGUUGAGUUCAAUGUUGGCUGGGUGCAACCAGUGCUCAGCAGAAUCAAAGAGGACCGGACCCGCAUCAUCUUGCCAGCCAUAGACAACAUCAAGUAUAACACGUUCGAGGUGCAGCAAUAUGCCAACGCAGCCCACGGCUAUAACUGGGGCCUAUGGUGUAUGUACAUUAUCCCACCACAGGACUGGCUGGACAAGGGCGAUGAGGCGGCACCAAUCAGGACCCCUGCCAUGAUUGGCUGUUCGUUUGUGGUGCACCGGCAGUACUUUGAGGAGAUUGGCCUCCUGGAUGCGGGGAUGGAGGUUUACGGGGGAGAAAACAUUGAGCUGGGCAUGCGGGUCUGGCAGUGCGGAGGCAGCAUGGAGGUCCUGCCUUGCUCCAGAGUGGCUCACAUCGAACGUACAAAGAAGCCUUACAACAAUGACAUUGAUUACUACGCAAAGAGAAACUCCCUGCGAGCAGCAGAGGUCUGGAUGGAUGAAUUCAAGUCCCACGUGUACAUGGCAUGGAAUAUCCCAAUGAGUAAUCCUGGGGUUGAUUUUGGCGACGUGUCAGAGAGAAUCAAUCUCCGAGAUAAACUCCAGUGUCGGAGUUUCAAGUGGUAUCUGGACAACGUUUACCCUGAAAUGAGGAUUUACAACAACACCAUCACCUACGGAGAGGUGCGGAACAACAAGGCCAGUGGGUACUGCUUGGACCAAGGCUCUGAGGAAGAUGACAAAGCUAUUCUGUACCCAUGUCAUGGGAUGACCUCCCAGCUGGUACGUUACACCACAGAAGGGCUACUGCAGCUUGGGGCCCUCGGCUCAAUCACCUUCCUACCCGACACCAAAUGUCUCAUAGAUGACGGACGGAGCAAACCCCCAAAUCUCAGGAAAUGUGAAGAGGUUUCAAGACCCAAGCAGAAGCUGUGGGAUUUUACACAGAACGGACCAAUUAUCAACAGAGACACUGGCCGCUGCUUGGAAGUAGAGAUGUGGAAAGAUGCAAACUUUGGCCUGAGACUUGCCGUGCAGAAAUGCUCUGGUCAAAAGUGGGUAAUAAGAAACUGGAUAAAACACGUCAAGCAUUGACUGCAGGGGACGCGAUUGGCUGGAUUCCAUGGUACCUUUGUAUAUCUUCUUCCACUUGCCAUUUUGACACAAAACCAAACCACCACACAGUGGCUCCCACUCAAAAACAGUAGUCUCUUGGUUCAUUUGAACAUUUCUGACAGAUGCACAGAAUUAGCUGAGAAAUUAUGAUGUGCCUUUUUUCACCUACAACUUCAAGCCAGUCCCUUUAGCAUGUUUGAUUUAAUAUAUUUGAACAGAAGACUGUAAGUCAUACAUCAGAAAUAAUCUAUUGUAAAUUAAAGGAUGCUGCUAUAAGAAA